CUCAACUAUAAAAACAAUCAUACAAAACCUAUAAAACUAUAUUUUCAUCUUUUACUUAGCAAAUAAUUAUGUAACCUUUGUUUUCGAUUUGUAUAGAUCGUGGAUGGACUAGAGCAUGUAGUGGGGUUAAAGAACAACUCCGCGAGCCUUUACGCAACGGUUGACCUAGAAAAAGCUCGAGUGGGCCGAACCCGGAUGCUGGAACAUGACUCGAACCCACGAUGGUUCGAGUCAUUCCACAUCUACUGUGCUCACAUGGCUUCCAAUGUCAUCUUUACAGUCAAAGAAGAUGACCCAAUAGGCGCAACUGUAAUCGGACGUGCCUACGUCCCGGUUAUCAAACUGCUUAACCAAGAAGUUAUCGAUGAAUGUCUCGAACUUGUGGAUGACCGUGGCAAGUCAAUCCACGGGCACUCAAAAAUCCAUGUAAAGUUACACUUCUUUAAAGUUGAACGUGAAUGCCAAUGGUCUCGGGGGAUACAAAGCGUAAAAUUCCCGGGUGUACCCUUUACAUUCUUUCCGCAAAGAAACGGAUGUAGGGUUACACUUUAUCAAGACGCACACUUACCCGAUAAUUUCACACCAAAAAUACCUUUAACCGGAGGCAAGUACUAUGAACCACACCGAUGUUGGGAGGACAUUUUCGAUGCGAUUUCGAAUGCGAAACACUUGAUUUAUAUAACGGGAUGGUCCGUUUACACGGAAAUUAGUUUAAUUAGGGAUUUAAGAAGGCCGAAGCCCGGUGGGGACAUGACACUUGGUGAAUUGCUAAAGAAAAAGGCGAGUGAGGGUGUUCGGGUGUUGAUGCUUGUUUGGGAUGACCGAACUUCUGACGGUUUGUUUAAAAAUGGGUUCAUGGCAACCCAUGACGAGGACACAGGCGCAUACUUCCGGGGCUCGGAAGUAAACUGUAUACUAUGUCCUCGUAACCCGGAUGAUGGACGCAGUCUCGUCCAAAACAUCCAGAUUUCAUUGAUGUUAACUCAUCAUCAAAAGAUUGUAGUUGUUGACGCUCCAUUACCUAAUAACCAUGAGAAGAGGCGUAUACUUAGUUUUAUAGGCGGAAUCGAUCUUUGCAAUGGACGAUAUGAUACCCCAUUCCAUUCCCUUUUCCGAACACUUGAUUCCAUCCACCAUGAUGAUUUCCACCAACCUAAUUUCCCUAAUUCAUCAGUGAAGAAAGGUGGACCUCGGGAGCCGUGGCAUGACAUCCAUUGCAAGCUUGAAGGUCCAAUAGCGUGGGAUGUGUUAUUCAAUUUUGAGCAGCGGUGGCUCAAGCAAGGCGGGAAGGAUUUAUUGAACGACGUAAGGGAUCUUAGUCAUAUCAUAAUCCCUCCGUCGCCGGUGAUGUUACCAGAUGACCAUGAGAGAUGGAAUGUUCAGUUGUUCCGGUCAAUUGACGGUGGCGCUGCAUUUGGGUUCCCUGAGAAACCCGAGGAUGCAGCACGUGCUGGGUUGAUAAGCGGAAAAGAUAACAUUAUUGACCGGAGCAUUCAAGACGGGUACAUCAACGCCAUCCGCCGAGCAAAAAACUUCAUCUACAUCGAAAACCAGUACUUUCUCGGAAGUUCAUACGGCUGGAACUCAAACGACAUUAAAGAUGAAGACAUCAACGCCUUACAUCUAAUCCCGAAAGAACUGUCGCUUAAAAUCGUGAGCAAAAUCGAAGCAGGAGAGGACUUCAGGGUGUACGUCGUCUUGCCAAUGUGGCCGGAGGGUGAGCCGGAGGGUGCAUCAGUACAAGCCAUACUGGAUUGGCAAAGAAGAACGAUGCAGAUGAUGUAUACUGAUAUCGUUCACGCUCUGAAAGUGAAGCACAUCGUGGCGAACCCCAGGGAUUAUUUAACAUUCUUUUGUCUCGGCAACCGUGAAAUCAAGAAACCUAACGAGUACAUACCGUCGGAGAAGCCUGAUCAGGAUACUAAUUACCAGCGAGCUCAGGAAGCACGCCGGUUCAUGAUCUAUGUGCAUGCCAAGAUGAUGAUCGUCGAUGACGAGUACAUAAUCGUCGGAUCAGCGAAUAUCAACCAGAGAUCGAUGGACGGAGCUCGAGAUUCUGAGAUAGCAAUGGGGGCGUUUCAGCCGUGUCAUCUAUCAAAAAGACAGCCGGCGAGGGGUCAGGUUCAUGGGUUCAGGAUGUCGUUGUGGUACGAGCAUAUGGGGCUUCUUGACGACUGUUUUUCAUGUCCGGAGAGCUUGGAUUGCAUCCGAAAGGUGAACCAGAUAUCGAUGAAAUACUGGGAUCUUUAUUGUUCUGAGAGGCUCGACCAUGAUUUGCCGGGGCACCUGCUCAGUUACCCUGUCGGAGUCACGGAGGAGGGAGAUGUGACGGAGCUGCCGGGGUCGGAGUUCUUCCCCGACACAAAGGCUAGGGUUCUUGGUACCUUCGCCGGCUACAUGCCUCCGAUUCUAACUACUUAAGAAAAAUGGGGUACAAAAUUGGGGUCUUGUGAUUGGUGUGAGAAAAAGACUAAAAUACCCUUUCCUGAAACCUAGAAACUGCGACGAAUUGUCAUGUUUAUAGGGUACAGAAUUGGGUCUGCUGUUGUUUAUGGGGUUUUACUUGUAAUUUUACUUUUUCAAUCUUUUAUGUUGGCAUUACGAGUGAGUU